CCGCGAUGUCUUCCGAGUCUCCCCAGCUGGACGUCUCUUCGUCCCAGCCCCUGUCCGGCGAGCGGAACCCCGCCGACGGCGACAGUGCCAAACGGAAAGCGGAUCAAGCCAACGGAACGCACACGCGCUCCAAGCGGAAUCGCUACAUCUCCAUCGCCUGUAAUGAAUGCAAGCGUCGCAAGAUCAAGUGCAAUGGGCAAGUGCCCUGCCAGCGCUGUGGCCAUCUCAAUCUGGAAUGCCGAUAUGCGCCGAACUGCUGUAACAACAAUUUCAAGGACUCCGAGGAAUUUCGAUCGAUGAAGGAUCAAAUCACCGCUCUUCAAGACCAAGUCAAUAGCCUCUUCACUAGCCUCAAUGAUCUCCGCUCCCAGCGAUCUUCUCUCGGCUCCCCGGGGCUCGAGACCUUUUCCCGAGAUGGCUCGCAAUCGGUCUUCACCCCUAUGCAGGUUGGGCUGGCUAAACCGCGCAUCAGACACCCCCGGUUCCAAGGCCCUACUAGCUCCGCCUUCAAUUUCGACGUGGCAAGGUCUAGCCUUCAAAACAUGGGCAUUGCCCCCGCAGAAGAGGUCAUCACCGAUGACCUCACCACGGCGCACGCGACGCCCGCUGGCUCACCUCCUCAUGCCCCUCCGUUGGUCCCCUCUAUACACCCGACAAAAGAUCCGAUAUGGGCCAUCAAGCGGGAGGACGCCCUGCGUCUCUGUAGGAUCUACGAAGAAGAAAUUGGCAUCAUGUAUCCGCUCGUAGAGAUCGACAAAGUGACCCAUCAGGUUAAUCUGCUUUACACGUUCAUGGAAGCCGCAACCCGCACGGGUUUCGCACAGCGAGGACUGCCUGGGUCGGACGGUCUUCAGGAUGAUAAUACCAAUAUUUUGAAGAUGAUUCUUGCCACCACCCUCAUUGUCGAAGGAGGCGGACAGAGCGACCUCGGUCAGCGUCUGUAUUUGAGCGUGAAGCCUGUUGUCGAAUCCAAACUCUGGGAUUCGUUGAACAUCAAGACAAUCCAGCUCUUAGGAAUGGUGGCAACGUACCAUUUCCACACCGACGACGAUGCCAUGGCUUACCGCAUCAUCGGCCUUGCAGCGCGCAUGUGCCUCGAGAUGGGUCUACACCGACGAGAUGCGCUGGCCAAAUUAUUUCCAGACGAGAACCAGUGGCCAGAAAUCGUCCGAAUCUUUUGGGCUAUCUAUACCUUGGACAGGCGCUGGAGCUUCGGGACCGGGUUGCCAUUCGUCAUUCAAGACGAGGAUAUCGAUCCUAACCUUCCCGAGCCGGAUACAUCCAUGCCCUAUUUGAGGUGUAUGAUAUCUUAUAAUCGCAUUAGUUCGAAGAUCUGGUACUCCGGGCUAGGGUCGGAGGGAACGACCGAUGUGCGACGGGACGAGAUCGGUUAUCUAGAUUACCAGAUUCUCCAAUGGUAUAAGCAGGUGCCAGACGCCCUCAAGUUCUAUCCCGUGGAGUCUCCCAAGCACGAGUCAGCCAGCCGGGGUCUUCGGCGGUUGCGGGUACUGGUGUACCUGCGCAUGAACCAGCUUCGCAUUCUCAUCUACCGCCCGGUCCUUCACUCCGCAGCCAGCAUCGCCGAGGACAAGGGACACGCCCAAACGGUGGUCGACGUCGCCAAGGACACGGUGCGCGUGCUUACGCGGUUGAACCAGACCUCCGACAUCUACCGCACCCAACAGAUCACCUUCAACUACUUCCUCGUCGCCGCACUCGCCGUUCUUUUCCUGGCCGUGUGCCACGCACCGGCUGAAUUCAACCGGCAGGUGCGAGAUGAGUUCUACAUGGCGCUUGACCUGAUCAAUGGGUUCAGUACCAAGUCGUACGUAUCGAAACGAUUGUGGAAGACCAUCAAGGGCCUCCGCAAAAUCGGCGAGCGACUGGGCAUGCUGGUGCGUCCGUUUGGGUCUGACACGAACGAUCCGCAUUCGACGGCCGCGGUGGCCAUGGCCGGCUUGGCCGGUCAUCCGAUCGAGGAUAUCUCGAUGUACGGGCCCAUGAAUGGGAUGGAGCUGGGGAAUAGUCCCUUGAACGGGCUGCAAAUGAGCCAGGAGCUCACGAAUCUAUUCGAGGCCGUGGGGGGAUUUGGCAAUUUCAUGGCGUCCAACCCGACCCACGACGGGAUCAAUGGGUUUGUUGGCCAUGAUGGAGAGAUCCAGAACACAGGCGAGGAAUUGUCCGGCGUGUUGGGGGAUGAAGGGGAGUUCUCUCGAGUCAUCCGCGAUCUAUUCUGAGGCACGCUUGGCUUUCGCGUGGUCCUCCUUUGUAUAUACUUUUUUUUUUUUUUUUU